AACACGUGAAGGCUAGUUUCAAUCACAUUUUGGGACACAUCUGGUUCUAAAAGGCUAAAUUAAAGUAAAUAUUCUCAACUCAAACUUAAAAUCAGUACAGAAUCAUUAAUAUGUUUAUAUACUUGUAUCAGUAAAGCAUAAAAGUAAGGAAGAUCAAAUAAGAUGAAGAUUUGCAUGAAGGUUUGUGAGAGACAGACAAGUUGCAACUACACAGCACACAACUUCUUGGUGCUUUUGAUACAGAAAAAAGCAAUAAUUUUUUAAUUGGUCACACCACAAGGUGCCUUUGCUGACACAAGGAAUGUCUAAAUAAAUAAAUCUGGAAAUAAAUAAAUGUCGACAUAAUGCAUAAUUAAAUAUACAAAAUUAUGUAAAUGUAUGAAUAAACAUGGAAAUAAAUAAUUGUGGGAAUAAAUGUUGUCAUAAAUACAUGAAUGAAUACAUUUGGGAAAAUAUAAUAAUACAUAAAUAAGGAAAUACAAUUAUAAAUAUUAUUUUCUUAUAUAUUUCACCCAGAAUAAAACUCCGAAUACCACUGACAUAUGUUGUAUUAUUCGUAUGUGUUUAAAUAUCUGCACUUUUCCUGAUUCAGAUUCAGGAAUUCGCAGCGCGUGAACAGGACUUUUAUUUUGAUAUGGUGGCGUGACGUCAUAAGGCUGCGCCGCGCUCCUGCGUCUGAGUUUCAGCUGAAGAGAGAAAAACUCCUGCUGAAGCGACUGAGAUCCACGUGACACUAUUAUAAAGAUGGCAUUUAUUAAAGACCAGAGUGAAGACAUGAAGAUUGAAGAAACAUUCAGAGACAAACAUGAGGAUACUGAGGAACAAACAGACUUGAUGGCUCCGAAAGAGAAGAGUGAAGUACUGAAUGAAAUGGAAGAUAAAGAUCAUGAUUUCAUAAAUGGAGAAAAAUCCUUUAGUUGUUCACAGACUGAAAAGACUUCCUCAAGAAAAAAGGCUCAAAAGACAGGAAGAAGUUAUUUCACCUGCCAACAGUAUGGAAAGGGUUUCAGUCAAACAGAAAGUAUUAAAAGACACAUGAGUAUUCACACCGGAGAGAAGCUAUACGCAUGCCAACAGUGUGGAAGGAGUUUCACUCAAUCUAGACACCUUGUAGUCCACAUGAGAGUUCACACAGGAGAGAAGCCUUAUGCCUGCCAACAAUGUGGAAAGCAUUUCAGUCAUAGAGUAAGUCUUAAAAGACACAUUAGAAUUCACACUGGAGAGAAGCCAUACACGUGCCAACAGUGUGGAAGGAGUUUCACUCAACAUGGACAACUUGGAGUCCACAUGAGUGUUCACACUGGAGAGAAGCUUUACAAAUGCCAACAGUGUGGAAGAAGUUUCAACCGGAAGGGAAACCUUAAAUCCCACAUGAGAAUUCACUCUGGAGAGCAGCCUUUCACAUAUGAUCAGUGUGGAAAGAGUUUUGAUCAACAUGAAAUCCUUGAAGUCCACAUGAGAACUCGUAGAGAGAAACCCUACAUAUGCCCUCAGUGUGGAAAGUGGUUUAAUCAUAAAGGACGCUUUGAAGACCACAUAAGAAUACACACUGGAGAGAAGCCUUUCACCUGCCAGCAAUGUGGAAAAUGUUUCCGUCAAAAAGGAAACCUUGACAGGCACAUGAGAGUGCACACUGGAGAGAAGCCGUUUAUAUGUGGUCAAUGCGGAAAGAGUUACAGAUAUAGCGCAGGACUUAAGUACCACAUGAGGUUUCACAUAUGAGAGGGCUGUAUUUUUUAACGUUGUCAGUGUGACAUAAGUCUAGGGCUGCAGCUAACGAUUAUUUUUAUAGUCGACUAAUCUAUCGAUUAUUUUUCAAUUAAUCUAUUUAUUUUAUUAUCAGUUGAUGAAUUUAGUUAAACUAUCAAAUGAUAAUAGUAACUUCUGCUAUUAAUCUUUUAAUAUUUUAUUCAAACUUUCUCAUAAUUAAUACUUUAAAAAAUAAAUAAUAACAACAAGAAAGACAAUAAUAACAAAAAAAGGGAGAAAAAGAAAGAAAUAAUAACAAACAAUUAAUACAAAAAGAAAAAAGAAAAGUGCAAGGAAGCAAGAAAUAAAUAACAACGAAAGAAAGGGAAUUACAGGGCAGUGAUACAAUACAAUCAAUAGAAAUGCACAUUAUGGCUGCAUUCACAGUUACUGUUUGGGACUGACAGCAGUUGCUUACAGGUGGGCUCAUUUAUUUAAAAACGGGCUGCUACAGAUAUCUGUAUGAAUGAACAGCCGAAGUCACAACCGCAUUCAGGACACUAGAGCGACAGAAUCAAAAAUGGCGUCAUAACACCGGGAAGUUUUAAUAAAAUAAAUGAGCCCAGUCGAGGCUUGUCAAAUCCAUCACACAGUUAAACAACUAACAAUGACUUUAAAUGCUUUGUUAGCGAAUGCGUAGAGUGCAUUUGGUGCUAUGCAGUUCUGAUGGUCGUAUAAUAAUAAAAUGCUAUAUUAAUGCAACUCUGUGAAGUGAUGUUGCCAAUGUUGCCAUACUAGCCUUUACCUUUGGUUCUAGAGUCUUGUUUUGUGUUAAACAUGGCAGAAAAACAGUCUUAAGUAGGGAUAACUGCAGGCUCCUGCGAUGGGCGUGGUUAAGGUGUGACGCAUCGUAUUUUCAUAAUUGACGUAAUAGAUGACGUCGACGAAUCGCUGCAGCCCUACAUGAGUCAUGUAAUAACACCAGAGAGAAGCCUUUGCUGUGCCAUCACUGUGGAAAGACUUGCAGAAACAAGACAAUCUUGAGGUUCACAGAAGCACCACUGAUGUAGUUCAAAAUAGCUGAGCAGUGGAUUUGGGCUUGGUUUACACCUGGGUUUAAAAUGUGUUUUGUUUGGUCGGAUCACAAAUAGACUGUUCCUGUAUCACUUCUGUCCCCAUUUUUUCAAGGGGAGGUUUUUUUUUAUGUUCUAUUUACUCAUUUUAUUUGAUGAUGUAAAGCACAUUGGUGUUGUAAAUGGUGCUAUAUAAAUAAUUUAAACUUGAAACUUAAAUGCAUGGGAUCUUUCAGAUCUUUCGAUCAAAUGAAUAAAAUAUGUUUGCACAAUUUACUUAUAAACGCAAGUCUAGGGCAAACCACCAAAGAGGGAAAAAUAAAAUGAAGACGACUUAGUAAGCAGUGCUGGUGAAAGUGGAAAAGAAUCAAUAAAUUGAAAAGGGGAGGAAUUAAAAAUUAUAGUGUGAUUUAAAGAGGGGUACGGUGUAAAAAAGUGUGAUUGCAUUAACAAAUGAGUUGAAACAAGCAGAUGAGAUCAAGUGUGCAAAAGUAUUUCAAGAUGGAGCAUUAAUGGUAAUAUGUAAUAGUGAAGUUACACUCCAGUGUGUGGAGUAAUAAGUGGGGUCCCAUUAAGUGUGAACAUGGGAAUAUAAUGGGAGGAAAUGUAAUGAAAGCCAAACACUUACAGAUAACUAAUGUUUUGUCACCUGAGCUCUUUCUUCUUGUCUGUCUGUCAUGUUUGUCUUAAGCCCAAGCCAUGCCAUCUCUGUUGCUGAAGACUGCAAUGGUGCUACAUUUUGAUUAUCAUCUUUUCUGUCACAUAAAACAUCUGGGCCCGAAUUCACAAAACAUUCUAUCUUUCCACUAAGAGUCCUAAAUAGCAGUAAAAGUUUUUUCUUAAAACCUAUUCACAAAGCUGCUGAGACAAACUUUUACUAAGGAAUAGAGAGAAGUCUUAAACUCAGAGUAAGGGGCGGGGUUGAGCUUGUUGCUAUGGGUGAUGUCAGUAUGCUGAUUAACUACUCACACAGUGAUUGGCUGAUAGUCUCUGUAAGAGAUUUAUUCAUGGAAAUAUUGUAAAGUGCGAUAUGAUGUCGCAUUCCAAUAAAGCUUUCAAAAUGCAGGUUAAGUCUCACUAUUUAAACAAGUAUAUGCUCAACUAAUUGUCAGCCUGUGUGCUUCUUGUAAAAAAAAAAAAAGUGUGAAUAUGCAUAUAAACAGCCUUUUAAUUAACAGAUUGGAAUAAUCAUGGCUGAUAGUAAGACAUGCAAACAUAAAAGAAAACCAAACUGGGCACAAGAACAUCUGUUACUUCUUGCCCAACUGGUUAAUGAAAACAAGCAUAUAAUCAAAGGGAAAUCUGGAGUUGGGAUAACCUCCAAAACCAACGGUGAUACCUUUUUAAAAGCUCAUUAUUGUUAAAUGUUUCUAAAAUGUUUACGUUCCAAGGCAGAUUGCCGGCAACAGCCAUUUUAGGAUAGUUUGUGGUAUGGUCUUAGUGACUUAGGAGUCCUCUUCACUACUCCUAACCUUUCACAAAUUUAGGAGCUAGUUUUAGUGCUUAAACGCUUUGUGAAAUACUCUUAGGCUGGCCGCAUACUAGAGGAUAUUAAGGCCGAUUCGCAACUUGUCGCAAGCAAAUUUUUUUGUAAUUUAUUUAUUUUUUUGUCCAGAAAUCCUCUAUUGUGUGGGGUCAUUACGAUUAUUCACUGUGAAACAGAAUGGGCGCCAGGAGAUCCAGCUGACAACGUUGAUUGUCCUCUCUUUGUUUUUCUUCUCUAGUCACGUUUGAUCUCGCGAGUGUGAAAUCGUUCCUACAAUCAUCAAGUGCGUGGUCUCGUGAUCUGGUCUAAAAAUCUAGUGUGUUGUUUCAGAGGAUUAUAAGACUAAAAAUCGGUUGAACAGUCUUCAUGUCUGUGGUCUCCCAUGGUUUUAAAAUCGUUUAAGAUUUGAAAAUCGUCUAGUAUGCAGCUAGCUUUAGAGCAAAAAUUUUGGAGUCCUAAAUUUAGGACUGACACACCCAUUAUUUUUAAGAUUUUGUCCUAAAUUGGCGAGUUAUGAGCUACUUUUAGUCUUAAGAUGUUUUGUGAAUACGUGCCCUGAUCUUACCUUUCAAUAUUCAUAUCUAAUUGUGGUCCACUGAUGAAAUGUGUGUGUAAUGCUUGGUGCAAAUUUCAAGUAUAUUAAUGUCAUUAAACUCGAUCCAAUGUAUGUGAUUUACAACUGAAUAGCUCUGCAAUGCAUUAAGAAAAAAAUAUUGCCUGAAACCAAGGUGUUCCUAUAAGUUUCUUUUAUUUUACAUUUUACACAAUAAUAAUAACAAACUAAAUAAAUAUGUUUUCUCUGAUUAUUUUAACAAUUUGGCUUAGUGCAGGAUUAUGGUAAAACUAGAAAAGUGUACUCUUCCACUUAAAACUUGAGUAACAGCUUAACCUGAACAUAAAAACAAAACAAAAUAAGUUUCUACUUAAUGGAAUAGCAGCAUUACCGCUAAACCUGAAGAAGAAGAAAAAUUGCAAGGCACUUUCAUCAAAGGAGUCCAGUUCUUAAAGUGCUUUAAUUGAAGCUGCUACAGGAGAUUUUCACUUUCAGUCAUCUAUACUAUUACUCUAACUUUGAAAUUAAGGCGAGAUUCUUUUUGAGGAAAAUCAGCAUCUCUGCCAUGUUAGAGGACAGCCGGUUCCUCUUCAUCAGUGACAUGCACUAUGUAGAAUUAUUACCUAAUUCAUCUGAUAUGCGAUUCCCUGAUCAAUCCUCUAAUAGAAACGUGAGGAAGAGGUCAGAUAAAAUAAAGGUUGAUUUUGAUGAUUUUUUAGUUCAGGGACUACAAAGGGACUGGAGUAGGGAGGUCAAGAAACAGGAGAAGAAGGAACGUCGCAGACGGGCCCAAGAGAGAGCGAGAGGACCAGAAAAUCAUCUUCAAGAUGAAGGCAAUAUUGAGACUGAUGAGAAAACAGGAAACGACAAAUAAAAGAAUAAUGAAAUUAAUAAGAGAGAUGAUUGAAUUAUGUGAUUAUUCAGAUGAACUGCAAAAGUUAACAAAUGAUUUAGAGACAGUGAAACUCUAAAACUCCUGUUAUAAAAAUAUGAGUGUUGAAAGCUAUGUAUAAAUAUAUCUUAUGUCGAAACCAUAGAUGAUUAUAAUCUUGUAGGUUUAACGGUUAUAUAAGUUGCUGCGCUUAUUUUGUAACAUAACGGUUACAAGUAAGAGGAUGCACUUUGCAUUUCCAUGCAAGGUGGAACCUUUAGCUAAACCGUGGCAUAAGAUGCUCUUAACACCUGCUAGAGGUGUUAUAUUGUGGUUUAGGUAUAUAGUUCUAUAUGUUGCUUAUGUUUGAAAAAGGUGUCAUAAUUUUUCCUAUAGUUUAAAAUAGAACUAGACACGCUUGCUAUCUAGAGAUGUUGUAAUAUUUCCUUCUGAACUUUUGACAUUACUUUUGUACAGACUCUGACAUAAAGGUCAUGUUUCCUGCCUGGGAUGGAGGAGGCAGUUACAAGCGGUGCAAGAACUAUAUAAAUGCUUGUUAGACUAUAUGUCAGG